UAACACUAACCUUAAUCACACUGAUAAUCGUAUGCCUAUCCCUACAUUUAAAUUAAGACAAAAAUCACAUUUUUAGCAUAUACUUUGUGGCUGUGUUAUCUAUAGUGGAAACCCUGGCACUUUGCUGACUUGGGAGGUGACUGAACUGUCUUCGGUUUGUUGGGCAGAGAGGAACUUCACAGCUGCUACGGGUGUGGUUUUUAACGUGAUAAAUCUUAACGAAGAGAAUAGUGCAUAACAUCACUCACACACUGAACGAUUGAAUUAUAACUCAGAGGAAGAGGAGCAACAUAGCUCUGCGUCACAGUGGUUUAUUGAAUUUUGGUUCAUUGCAAAUUGGCAUCGGAAAUCGAUCUGCUCCGCGGUCUUCACAGCUGGAAUACUUUUGCUGAGGUUCCGUGACCCUUUUUCUUGGUCUAAAACGUGAACUUAACUGAUUUUAUUGACGCGCCCUCAAAAUAAAUUGUUGUUACUCAAAGUUUGUGUCCUCGUAAUGACAAACAAAUGACAUUUUUUCUGUCGGCUUGGAUAGAAUGUUCAAAAAUAGGCCUUAAACUUGGUUUACCAACGAGGAAACAUCUGGAAUAGAAAAGUGAAUUCGGACUAAAUUUAAUAAAUCAUUUGGAUGCUGGUUUGUGGGUGAAUCAAACUUAUUUUCCAGUCGUAUUUCUCAAAGAGGAAGUUGCAUUUCUCAACCCCACAACACUGGACUGGGAACUAUUUUUAAAAAAAAUAACUCACAGAAAUAGAGCCCUAAAUAGGCUACAUCAUUUUUGUGUGAUAUCGUUCCGAUAAACAGCAGUCCUGAAGCGUGCACUUGGAACCAUGGGGUGUACAGUGAGUCAGGAAGAUAAAGCCGCGGCCGAGAGGUCCAAAAUGAUUGACAAAAACCUUCGAGAAGAUGGAGAGAAGGCGGCGAGAGAAGUGAAACUGCUCCUUUUGGGUGCUGGAGAGUCAGGGAAGAGCACUAUUGUGAAACAGAUGAAGAUCAUCCAUGAGGAUGGCUACUCAGAAGAAGAGUGUAAACAGUACAGAGCUGUGGUCUACAGCAAUACCAUCCAGUCAAUCAUGGCCAUCAUCAAGGCAAUGGCUAACCUCAAGAUCGACUACGAAGAGGCCGCUCGAGCGGAUGAUGCCCGCCAGCUGUUUGCCCUCUCAGGGGCUGCUGAGGAGCAGGGCAUCCUGCCAGACGACCUGUCCAACGCCAUGCAGAGGCUGUGGGGCGACGGAGGGGUGCAGGGUUGCUUUACGCGCGCCCGCGAGUACCAGCUCAACGACUCGGCUGCCUACUACCUGAAUGAUCUAGAGAGGAUAGCCAAAGCAGACUACAUCCCCACACAGCAGGAUGUGUUGCGGACCAGAGUCAAGACCACCGGCAUCGUGGAGACACACUUCACCUUCAAAGACCUGCACUUUAAGAUGUUUGACGUGGGUGGCCAGCGUUCUGAGAGGAAGAAGUGGAUCCACUGCUUUGAGGGAGUCACAGCCAUCAUCUUCUGUGUGGCCAUGAGUGCCUAUGAUCUGGUGCUGGCUGAGGAUGAGGAGAUGAACCGGAUGCACGAGAGCAUGAAGUUAUUUGACUCCAUCUGCAACAACAAGUGGUUCACAGAGACCUCCAUCAUCCUGUUCCUCAACAAGAAGGACUUGUUUGAGAAGAAGAUCACCCACAGUCCCCUGACCAUCUGCUUCCCAGAGUACUCUGGUCCCAACAAAUUUGAAGAGGCACAGGCCUACAUCCAGACCAAGUUUGAGGACCUGAACAAGAAGAAGGACACCAAGGAGAUCUACAGCCACUUCACCCAAGCCACCGACACCAAGAACGUUCAGUUUGUCUUCGACGCCGUCACCGACGUCAUCAUCAAGAACAACCUGAAGGACUGUGGUCUCUUCUAGAGCGAAGCCUGAGGAAGAGUCAAGUCUUCCCUCAGAUUACUUGAACAGCUCUGAUGACCAGAAGGAAGGAUGGGGAAGACAGACUGCACUGGCCAACCACGAUUUCUGCUUUUAUCUGCUUUUUUUAAAGACACCUAAGAGACUGAGAACUCGGAGAGCCUUGCAGAAUUUCAACGAUUGCUGAUCCAGUUGCUCAUAAUUGUUAACUCUUUCAGCUAAGACCUUGAAUCAAACAUUUGUCUUUUUUGUUUUGUUUUUCUUUGUUUAUUUUCAAUUAUUCGAGGAGAAAAUUGAAAAGUUUUUAUUAAAUGCUUUCAUGUUACUUUACAAAAUCUAAUGUGCAAAUUCCAUUAAACUUUUAAUCACAUAAGGCAUAUUUUUUUAAAGAAGCACAGGCAUGAAUAGAGAAUAUGAAUCGAAAAAGGAGUGCUUUUUAAAAUAAUGUUUACAUAUGUUCCUCAUUCAUAGCCGAACCGCAUAUUGUUCAUGCAUGACACAAGAUAUAUUAGCUCUGUAAUCUGCACAGAAUAUUUUAACAUUCCUUUUAGAAAAUCGAAAUAAAAAAAUAUAGAAAAGUAAAAACGAAAAAAAAUCUUCACAACCAGGGGAAAGAAUAGCAAAGAUUCUAACUGAUAUUUAAAAUAUGUACUUAACAUUGUUAUUUUUUUAUAGUACCAUUUACAUAUAUUUUGCAGUAUGUUUGUGCCUACACUUCAGUUUACAACUGAUUCUUAGAUAUACCUUUUUCAGUACUGUUUGACCGACUGUAUGCACACAUUUUUCUUCCAUUUUCGUCAAACCAUCUUAAGGAUAAAUAGUUCAUACGGAAAUACAAAAUCUAAUUGAGAGAUAGCUUAGGGUUUGUGGUCAAUUUUUAAAUGCUUUAAAAGUCCUUAUGAUUAUUUAAUUUAAAUAAAAAUAGCACCUGACACACAUGCUUGUGUUUUCCUACACAUUGUUUAAUUCAUUUUCACAUACUAAUGGACAAGUUGUUCAUAUAAUACUACAAAUAUAGUUUUAUUCCACCAAACCAGAUCAUUAAAGGCUUGUUAGAACUAUUGGUGUAAUACAACCAAAAUAAAUCCUUAUCCCACAAUGGAGAAGAAAGCAGCCGAAAGGAAGAGAGACUAAAACCACUUUUAUUGUUAUUGCUGAGCAGAGCUAUGUGAGUACACACAGUAAUCUCUUGUGGAGAGGUCUACACAAACAUAACGGAGAAUCUGUCGGGACUGAACCUGAUGCAUAGGAUAAUGAGCAGCAAUAGUUCCGGUGUUUGGGUUUUCCGUCACUGGUUAUUUGGACAAAUCAUGAUUUUGCAGGUGUUAGCAUAUUUCGGGAGGGGGGGGGAUUUGGCCCGUAACUUAUAAAGAGAGAGGGUGGAGCUCAUUGUUCCGCACCUCGUUCUAGCAAAUCUUGAACUUCACAUUGACCUGUAAUUGAAAUCAAAAUUACGCUAAAAUGCCUGACUGCAAGCAUAUGAAUCCUCUUCAGGCAGGACCAGAUGGUGUAAACAGCAGAUAGAUGACUGCAGGUCGUUGAUGGUGGACGUCCCCUACAGCCAACGCUGUUAUCCUGUGGUAGAGUUGAACAGUUAACAGCAGCCUGAAACUAACCAAAAACAUGUUUUAGAUUUACUUCACAUUUAGGCCUGAAAACAUUGGAUGAAUUAUUAUAUUUUCAUUAAUUUUAGAAGAUUAUUUGUUUACUAUGAAUAUUAAAGCACCGCUUUUUCCUGGA